AUGUGUGAGAUAUUCCCAGAAGUGAACAACUGCUGUUCUUUUUUAUCCAUCAGAAUGGGAAUGCUGUUCAUAGCAAUCCUGUCCAUAUCGACAGGUGCAAUCACUCUCGGCGUGGUAGAACAAAAAACGAAUAUUGACUAUGACCAGGUACUAUCUAUAUAUAAUAAUGCUACAAAUAGUACAAAACCAGAACAAGCUCUUUCAGACUUGAAUGGUAUAAUCAUAACUACAAUAACUGUAAUGUCAGUGAUUUUUAUGUUAGCUGGCUUGUGCCUUUUGUUCGCCACUUUGGCAGACCAAGAAGGGUAUGCGCAGGGGUUUGUAUGGCUAAUAUUUUUAAAUAUCCUUCUUGGAUUACUCAUAAUAUUGGCGAUAACUUAUGAGUGCUUAAUGAAAUCAAAAUGCUUUCUCGGUCAUAUGGAUUGGUUGUCGGGAGCAAUAGCACUCAUCAUCGUAGUGUUCUACUUAAUAUUGUGGUUCUACUUCAUAAGCGUGGCAAACACUUACGUUCUAAAUGGAAACACAUAA